GAGUUCUUGCUUAUAAGUCAAAAAGUCUAUAAUGCCCUCGAACAAUCUCACAAAUUCCAAUAUAUUCCUAAAAAUCCCGAUAAUCCAGAAUUGUAUCCCCUCCUCUGUUGCUUCCCACCGGGGUUAACCUCCGUCGACGGGGCGCCAUCAGUCCUCUCUUGAAUUAUUGUAAUAGCUAUUAGUACAUCUAGUUUUAGCGAUAAAGGACUACAAUUUCGUCUUCGCGAAAUCUCGGUUAUUGCGAUUUGAUCGGAAACAAGUGAAUUCGUUCUCAAUCUAGUAAUUUUCUCCGUUUAAAAUUUUGAAGAGUGCUGGGAAUGAUGUCGAGAUUCAAAGACAGAACUGAGGAUUUCAAAGAUUCUGUGCGGCAAAAUGCUCUAUCUUUGGGUUAUAACGAGUCUAAAUUGGCAGCACUAAUGGCAUCUUUCAUCAUUCAUAAGCCACGGCAGAGGUCGCCUUUCAUGACCGCAGCGUUGAAAACGCUCGAAAGCAUUGGAGAGUUGGAACAAUUUAUGUUGAAGCAUAGGAAGGAUUAUGUGGAUUUGCAUCGUACUACAGAGCAGGAAAGAGAUAGCAUCGAACACGAAGUUACAGCAUUCAUUAAAGUGUGCAAAGAACAGAUUGAUUUGCUCAAAAACAGCAUACAUAGUGAAGAAGCAAAUUCUAAGGGCUGGCUCGGCAUCAAGGCUGAUAUUUCUAAUGCUGAUACUAUAGCACAUAAACAUGGAGUGGUCUUGAUUUUAAGUGAAAGACUUCAUUCAGUCACUUCAAAAUUUGACCAGUUGAGAGCAAUCCGCUUCCAGGAUGCCAUUAGUAAAGCAAUACCAAGAAGAAAACUUAGUCGUAUUACCACUCCCAUUCCUACAGAUGCCUCCAAAGCCAACAAUUUAGAGCUCAAAGAACCUGAUGUGCUUCAGCCAGAACCACUUAGAGUCCAGCAGCAACUAUUGGAUGAUGAAACACGUGCACUUCAGGUAGAGUUAACUAGCCUUCUAGAUGCUGUUCAAGAAACUGAAACUAAGAUGGUGGAAAUGUCAGCACUAAAUCACCUUAUGUCUACUCAUGUUCUACAACAAGCCCAACAAAUAGAGCUUCUCUAUGAUCAGGCAGUCGAAGCGACAAAGAAUGUAGAGCUUGGUAACAAAGAAAUAUCCCAAGCUAUCCAACGGAAUAGCAGCAGCAGGACUUUUCUCUUGCUUUUUCUGUUUGUGCUCACCUUUUCAAUCCUGUUUCUUGAUUGGUAUAGUUGAAGUACAUAUAAUUUGAUUCGCUGAAGAAGUACCAUCACCUCAUAGAUUCGAUAACACUACCAGGAAGAGGAAAAACAAAGUUGCUUGCAUAUAGUACAGAUGUUAUAUCUUCAGGCUCUGAUUUUGAGAUCAUAUCGAGCUGUCUUCCAGUUUGUGAUAUUUUCUCUUUCUUUAGGAUUAGAGACCAGAUGCGGAGCCCAAGUCUGUCUAAUUGUAUACUCUCUUGGGAAGAAAAGGUUUUCAAUCAAGGUAUUCUCUGGUCAGAACAAUUGACCUGGAUUGUGGUUCUAUA